AUGAAUGUGUUACUUCUAUUUUCAGCUAAUCAAGCCUCAGAAACGCUGAAGUCUUUAAAUGUAUCCAUUGAUGCUCUACCACAAAGAUGCCAGCAACUACUUCACACAUUCAUAUCAAUGCAAAACGAACUAAAUAUAAACCAAUACGACCCUAUUUCGACAUCGCUAAGCCAGACUAAACUAACAUCGGAGUGCCUUGAACAAGAAUAUGAAAUUUUAGAAUUAAAACAAGAUAAUUUGAAGUUACGGAAGAAAAUAGAAAGAAAUGAAAAGAUUCUAGAAGAAUUAAGGAAAGAUCUAGAAUGUUCUAGAAAUUCAUUGAAUAAUCAGAAGCCAAACCCAGAAAAUAUUGAGGAACACCUCAGGCAAAUGAAACAGAAAUUGAUUUCUUAUGAGGAAAUUUACGAGAAGGCAAAGGCAAAGAUUACCAGAUUGCAAGUACCCGAGUCGCUCCUGUUAUCCCUAAACGAGCUAACAACCCAAGUGGAUACGCUCAAAUUGCAGGAACACGAAUUGAAACAACGUGCUGAUGACAUCACACUGGCAUCACAGUGCCUCUCUACACUUCAUAAGCUGAGGAGAACUUGAUUCAUAAAAUAGUAACCUGCAAAGUAGUAGUAAAUAGGACAUGUAUGGUGACUCCCAAACACACAUGACAGCGCGGCUUGUAUUUAUAUGUGAACGUUCACUGCGCCGUGUACGGACCCACACAUUAGCAUAGUCUCGCACACACGUCGCACAGCGCGAGUAGCACGCGCCAUUUAUUAUAAAAUUGACUCAGUGUUUAAAAAAUGGCGUCAAAUUGUAGACUUUUUAUUGAUGUUUGUAACCACAAACACAGUUUUGUUCUCAGCAAUUCAGAAUUGUUCAGCAUAUUAUUUCUAUGUCAUAAGAAGAAUCCUACGCUCUAAUCAGUCUACCAAUCAGCGAUGGUGGUAUAAAAAUAUAUAAUGCAUUUUAAUAAAUAUUAAUUUUUCGGAAAAAUAAUAACCCGCACACACUCAUAGUACCGCACUAGGGAAACCCUGUAUCGCGCGUGACUUGG